GAUUUCGCCACACAUUUAUUUAUAUAGAUUACCAAUUUUUCUCUCAUGUGGGAAUCAUUAUUCGUUUUUAAAUUUGUUCACAGUUCUUUCUGUUCUGAGAUAAUUUACUUUUAUUCCUCUCUAGAUUGUAAGCCUUGUCCAACCAAAUGACACUCAUAAGUAACAACAACGUCAAACAUCGUGGCGCGGUCAUCGCCAGUGGAAAAGUUGUGUUAGGCGGGUUGUCGCAGGUCCAGGGACAGCAGAGGCGGGAGAGACAAGUCGUAGAAUUUUUUAAUUAAAAAUGAAGUACAUUCUGGUCACUGGUGGUGUAAUUAGCGGUGUUGGCAAAGGUGUAAUAGCUAGUUCAUUUGGUACAAUUCUUAAAUGUUGCAACAUUCCAGUUACUUCGAUUAAAAUUGAUCCAUAUAUUAAUAUCGACGCGGGUACAUUUUCUCCAUACGAACACGGUGAAGUUUAUGUUUUGGACGACGGUGGAGAAGUUGACCUAGACUUGGGAAACUACGAGAGGUUUCUGGAUGUUACACUUCACAGAGACAAUAACAUUACCACAGGAAAAAUAUAUCAGCAUGUGAUUAACAAGGAGCGGCGGGGAGAUUAUCUAGGGAAAACUGUACAAGUUGUGCCACACAUCACAGAUGCAAUUCAAGAAUGGGUUGAAAGAGUUGCACACCAGUCAGUCAGUGAUGAUGGAACUGUACCACAGGUGUGUAUUGUUGAGCUUGGUGGCACGAUUGGUGAUAUUGAGGGUAUGCCGUUUGUUGAAGCUUUCCGCCAGUUCCAAUUCAGAGUCAAAAAAGAGAACUUUUGCUGUGCACACGUGUCCCUGGUGCCUCAACCCCGCUCAACUGGAGAACCGAAGACAAAGCCAACACAGUCAAGUGUCAGAGAACUUAGAGGACUUGGGUUGUCGCCUGACCUGAUUGUCUGCCGCAGUGAGAAUCCCAUUGGGCAGGCUGUCAAAGAGAAGAUAUCAAACUUCUGCCAUGUGGCACCUGAACAGGUUAUAUGCAUCCAUGAUUUGAGUUCCAUCUAUCGUGUACCAUUGUUAAUGGAAUCGCAGGGCAUUGUAGAAUUCUUCAGCGACAGGCUUCAGUUGAACAUACCAGUACCAAGGCCCCGACGCUUUAUGCAGAAGUGGAAGAAUCUUGCCGAAAGGGUAGACACACUCCGUAAAGAUGUAACUAUUGCUCUUGUUGGCAAAUACACGAAGUUGGAGGACUCAUAUGCAUCAGUAACUAAGGCCCUACAGCAUGCAGCUGUUUGUGCUGGAUAUCAUCUCAGAGUGAAAUACAUUGAAGCAGCAAAUUUAGAAGAAGCUACUAAAGCCAGUGAGCCAGCAAAGUAUCAUGAAUCGUGGCACCAAUUGUGUGAGAGCGAUGGUGUGAUAGUGCCUGGAGGUUUUGGCAAACGUGGAAUGGAAGGCAAGAUUGCAGCAUGUAAGUGGUGUCGUGAAAGUGCAAAACCUUUCCUUGGCAUCUGCUUGGGCCUGCAGGCAGCAGUCAUUGAAUUUGCAAGGCACAAUCUCCAACUUCAGGAAGCUAAUUCCACCGAAAUCGAUCCAGAGACUCCACAUCCUGUUGUGAUUGAUAUGCCAGAACACAAUACUGGACAAAUGGGAGGAACAAUGAGGCUUGGGAAACGUAUUACUGUCCUUGCACAAACCAAUUCAGUUAUCAGGCAACUGUAUGGCAAGAAAGAUCACAUUCAAGAAAGGCACAGGCAUCGAUAUGAAGUAAACCCUAAGUAUGUUGCUGACUUAGAGUCUGCUGGAAUGAAGUUUGUGGGCCACGAUGAGGAGAAAGUUCGAAUGGAAGUGUUGGAGUUGGAAGGGCACCCAUAUUACGUUGCAACACAAUAUCACCCUGAAUAUAUCUCCCGGCCACUUACACCUUCACCACCAUUCCUUGGUCUUAUAUUAGCAUCCGUCAGCCGCCUCCAAGCUUACUUAGCUCGUGGGUGUCGCCUCUCUCCGCAGCAGCUAUCUGAUGAAUCAGAUGAGGAAACUGAAAUAUUAUUAGAAGAAAGCCUUGUCCUUAAUGGCCCAGUGGAAAACAAUGUACCACCAAGUAGUUAGUGAAAUUAAUUGGUUUUUUAUAUUUUAUUUGUCUAGAAAUGUACUGUCUAAGACGAAGGAAAUAUUUCCUUGAAGAUCUGUAAUUUCAACAUAGAACAGUAUUAUUUUUCGUAUUUCAUAUUUUGAAAUAUUUUUCAGAUAAAGGCUAUAUUGAAAGUGAAGGUACUUAGGACAAGGAAACUGAAAAAAAUUGUAAGCAGUAAGGAAUUUGUAAAAAUUCUGUUCUCAUCAGUAACUGUAUCAGUUAGUGAAUUGAAGGAAUUCUUUGUAUUUCUUGGAUUGUCAGGAGCAAAGUUAUCUUCUGAAUGUAGCUGAGGGAGGGUGGUGAGAGGGAGGGUGGUGACAGUGAGAAUGUUAAUUGAAGGUCAGUGGUUAGAGUUCUUACCAACAUUAUUUAUCAAUCAUUCAUAAUAAUUUUUAUGACGUCACUAUGAUACAGUUGCAGGAUAGUUUUCCCAAAUAUUAAAUCAUUCUCCUACUGACCCUCUCCAACAUACGCACUCCUUCUCUGCGCUUCUUAUUGUUCCAGUUUUUUAUGGAACACUAUUUUCUUACUUUUUAUGGUAAGUGAUACUCUUCAGUGGGAGUUGUGCUUAUUGAGUCUCAGUGACAUUAUUGUACUUUUGCAUUGAUGCAUACAUAGGUUUAUUAUAAAAUGAAAUAUUUAAUUGAAAAUAUAGUUCUUGGUGCAUUAAUUCUGAAAUUUUUCUCAUUUUAUUAGCAAAAUCAAACAAUGGAAACUCCAGGUUGAAAUAUCAACAAUAUUUGAAAAAUGAUUGAUUGUUACUCUCUGUAAAGAAGACACAUUGAGUUGCAGACAUGCAAAAUGAAAAUACUGGAACACAUUUAACUUUUGGCCAACGCCUUCUUCCGAAAUGAAAAUUUGCACACAUUCACACAGGCAAACACACAUCACACACACAACUGCUAUCUCCAGCAGCUUCGGAAUGUCUGUCUGCAACUCAACAUGUCAUCUUUACGAUGAUUACCAAUCUAUUCUUUUCCUACUAGAGCUGUCCGCAGAUCGUGGUCUAGUGGCUAGCAUUGCCGCCUCUGGAUCACGGUGUCCUGGGUUAGAUUCCCAGCUGGGUUGAGGAUUUUCUCCGCCCGGGCACUUAGUGUUCGUCAUCAUUAUUUCAUCCUCAUCAUCAUCAUUUGUGACAGUAGCUUGAUUGGAUUGUGUAAAAAAUAGUGGACUGUGUAAAAAUUGAGACUUCGUACUGGUGCUGAUAAACGUGCAGUUUAUGGGACUUCGUACGGGCGCUGAUGAUCGCGCAGUUUAGUGGCCCCCCCCCCCACCCAACCCAUCAUCAUCAUCAUCAUACUAGUGCUCAUUUUGUUAUUGCUUUGUCAAGAUUUAAUGCCACUUGUCAGAGGUAAUAUUCUACUAGCUGGGCAAUGGUUUGAAGUACCAUACACAUUAUCUUAUGAAAUAUGUGUAAGAAGGCUGCAUAGGUACACAAAACAUAGGACCAAGUGAGAGUGAUAUCAUAUGCAAGUAUAGCACAAACUGGGAAUUAGCUUGAACUUCUUGUUAGAAAACAGAACUAAUACCCAGCAUUUUUUGUUUUUUGCCUGCAUUAUUUGGUUUUCAUCUCUUUGUAAUAAUUGUUCUUGCCCACUUGGAAAGUUCAUGUAUACGUUUAUCUGUUUUGACUAUGUGCCAUUUAUGUUAAUUUAAAUAAAUGAUAAUGAAAUAUUUGUUAGAAAUUAUAAUUUAGUUGGAGUAGAAGGGAAGCGAUGUGGUAAAUGUAUAUUUUCUGCUGUGAAACAAGUUGUUGUGUGUGUUAAUGUGAAUGUAAAAUUAUGUGGUCAGUGUAAAGUAACAAAAAUGCACAAAAGUUCAUACUGAAAUCCUCCUUUUAGUGAUCUUAUUUUGUACAAUGCCAGUAUUUACUUCAUACUAAUAAUAAUUAGAAAUGACAGUUGCUUGUGAGAGUCAAGUUGUGUCACGUGAGCUGUAGAAAGAGAAAAAUAAUGGCCAGCUGAUAAUACAGAUGAUGAAAGUUAUGUGGCAGAAGACAUGGAUAAGUAUGCAGUUACUCAUUGCUCUCAAUUUUAAGCAAGUACUUGGGUUGGAGCUGUGCACUUUGUGUCUAAAAAUUCAUUUGUCUGAACUUUGUAUAUUUGUUUGCCAUACUUUUCAUAACUUUUUAUGGUUGUUUUGAGACAGUACAGGGUUUGUAAACACAAAUUUUAGCAUGGAAGGUGGUAUGUAGAUAUCAUGGAUCAUUGUUACAAUUAUCAUUGUUACAAAUACAACAUAAAAUUAUUCUUUUGUGUACCAAUUAGGAUAUCAUGUAAAAAAUUUUAGUGGCGUGAAACUGUUUGAUUCUCUGUACCAUGACGUAUAGAAUGAAUCAUGGUCUUCAGUGAGAGCCCAAAUUGCUGCAAAUUUAUUUUUAUGGAAUUUUUCCUCAUGUGCACUAUGCAUUAUCAUACCACUUGGUGUUCAUGUAGAUUUGCCAUAGAUGAAGACCCUCAGUUUUCUUCUUUCAUCACACUCCAGUUGUGAUUUCAUGGAGUCACCACUUUUUCUUUUUUUCCCCUCAGAUGCACAACCACACUGCACCCCUUUGCUUGAAAUUUGGUUUGAUACAUUCAUUACACAUGGUCAGUUUUUUUCUGUUAGGUUUCUUUUGAAUAAGGUCACAAUUUUUCUACUAAAUAUCUAAGAAGACAUUCUUCAGAAGAUAUUAUCAUUGUGGUCGAAAUAGACCUUACAUAAUUUUCAGCAGUUUGCUUUUACUCAUUGUCUUUGUGCCACACUGUGUAAGUUGUGUGUAUGGUACCUACUUAUUUGUGCAAUUAAUAGUAAUAAUUUGUAUUAUAUUUAAUACAUAAAGCAAGAUUUUCUUUGUUUUUAAACAAAUUAUAAGACAAAUCCAUGUCAGAAAGUAAAGUUCUGCAUCUUAUGGUUUGCAGAUACUGUUCCUGAAAGUGAGUUAUGUAGUAAAAUAUACACAUUGUGAAUUCUGUGAUUGUAAGUCAGUGGCAUUACAAUAACCCACUCAUUUAAUCAUAUGGUUGUACCUCAGCACAAAAUAUUUUGCUGUGCAUAAAACAGUAAAAGAGAGAGCGUGAAAUUAAAUUCCAAUAAAAUAAUUAAUAUGUGACACAAUGUGUACAUGUUCCAGUGCACAAACUUCGAUGCAUUACCAAAGGAUUUAGCCAGAUCAUUGUAUGUCCACAAUGUGUCUGUUUUACUGUGAGUGAUUAUUAAACAAAGGACUGUAUUGAAUAAAGAAUAUUUAUUGAAUAAAAUAUACUUCCUACAUUUAAGAUGUCUAGACUAUCGUGUUAAAAUAUGAAAUAGCCAUUUGUGCAUGAAAUGUUACUACUAUUCCAUUUGUGGGUCAAUUCUUUCCAUUCCAUGUACAGAAGCAACUUGAAAUAAAACAAUUUUAUUAUAAA